GUGUUUGCAACUCCCACUUGUUUCAUCGCCCCGGCGAUCAUGUAUCUCCGUUUGCCAAGGCAGAGCCAAAGCAAGUCCUGGAGGGUGCUGUGCGUGCUCUCGGCUGUGGCUGGCGCUGCCUUUGCCAUUCUGGGUAUCGUCGUCACGGUGAGGACUGGCUCUUGA